AUCUGCCAUCAUUUGGUCGAGUCCGAGAAUCCCUACCUGUCAGAUAUCACCUGCAAAAUAAGACCAGCUUAGUCCAGGAUGUGGAGGUGUCAGUGGAACCCAGUGAUGCCUUCAUGUUCUCUGGCCUUAAACAGAUCCGACUAAGAAUCCUUCCUGGCACACAGCAGGAAAUGUUAUAUAACUUCUAUCCUCUGAUGGCUGGAUAUCAGCAGUUACCAUCUCUUCAUGUUAACUUGCUACGAUUCCCAAACUUCACUAAUCAGUUGCUCAGACGAUUCAUACCGACACACAUUUUUGUGAAGCCUCAGGGUCGUCAGGCAGACGAUAACUCGAUUGCAGCUGCGUAACUGUGAGACCUGUACCUCUGCACUUAAGGAAAGUGGGAUGUUGCACAGAAUAUGUAAAGCUCACUCCGGAAGCAUGGCUUUGAUCAAAUCAUAAGAAUUAAAUUUUAUUUUUAAAUUACAACUCUCAGCAGAACUAAUGUUUUAAAAAAAACAUUGUCUUUCAUAUGCUUUCUUUAAGGAAUAAAUGUGGGGAAAACUUGGUGCUUUAUUUAACAGGAACAUUCUUUUGAAGUUAAUUUUGAAUGUCAAACUCUUAGAAGUAUUAUUAAGGCAUAUUAAAUGUCUUGAGUAUUUAAGUAAAGAAGUGCUAAUUCAUUUGACCAAAACCAAAAGACAUUUUCCUAAUUAACAGUAAGUUGAAGUACAAAGUUUGUACUUACUAGACAUUUACAACAUUGAAA